AGAGUUUUCAUUUGUUCCGCUAACUGUAACUCCUCCACUUCAACUAAACUCGGGCUAUGUGAAGUUCAUUUAAAUUCAGGGUUUCAAGAAAUCAGGGUCCAAAUGUAACCUUCAGCUGGUGGAUUUCUCCACUGACCCUGCAUGUUCUGUUUAAGAGUAAGAAUCUGUUGAAAAGCUGCACAGCAAGGCUAAAAGGCAACAACCUCACUGGAUUUAGAGACUGACCUCGGAUCAACCAUGGAGGGGCAUGAGUAUGAGCACUUUGGGGCCGAUGAAGCAAGGAAGAGCCAACAAGUGGACUAUCGAAGAAUUGUAGGAGACACUCAGCCCCCACGUACCAGUGUAUCAUCCCGGGAGGGUGAACAUUAUGUUCGGCAAACCUCACAUGGCCAUGGGCAUGAAACUGCAGCCCAGCGAUACAGCGCCACACGUAUCCAGGCUGGUUUAGGCCCAGAGAGCAUGGCGGAUUACCUAAUCAGUGGUGGAACAGGCUACGUCCCUGAGGAUGGACUCUCAGCUCAGCAGCUCUUCUCGAUUGGAGAUGGUCUUACGUACAACAGAUCUGACCAACAGUGCGUUGUCUCCGAUGGUCAUACGGCUGAAGAGCUAUGCUCUAAAGGAGAUGGGUUGACUUACAAUGACUUCCUGAUUUUACCUGGCUUCAUCGACUUUACCUCAGACGAAGUGGACUUGACAUCAGCGCUGACAAGGAAGAUCACAUUGAAAACCCCCCUCAUCUCCUCCCCCAUGGACACUGUCACAGAGUCAGCUAUGGCUAUUGCAAUGGCGCUAAUGGGCGGUAUCGGCAUCAUCCACCACAACUGCACACCAGAAUUCCAAGCCAAUGAGGUCCGCAAGGUUAAGAGGUUUGAGCAAGGUUUCAUCACAGACCCAGUUGUGAUGAGUCCAAACCACACAGUUGGAGAUGUGUUUGAGGCCAAAGUACGACAUGGUUUCUCUGGCAUCCCUGUCACCGAGACAGGCAAGAUGGGCAGCAAGCUGGUGGGCAUUGUCACCUCCAGAGACAUCGACUUCCUCUCUGAGAAAGACCACGGCAAACCUCUGGAGGAGGCUAUGACAAAGAGGGAGGAGUUGGUAGUUGCUCCAGCUGGUGUUACUCUGAAAGAAGCCAAUGAUAUUCUACAGCGCAGCAAAAAAGGAAAGCUUCCCAUUGUAAAUGAUAACGACGAGCUGGUGGCCAUUAUCGCCAGGACAGAUCUGAAGAAGAACAGGGACUACCCUCUGGCCUCCAAAGAUUCACGCAAACAGCUGCUGUGUGGCGCUGCCAUCGGCACCAGGGAGGAUGACAAAUACAGACUGGACCUGCUAGUACAGGCUGGAGUGGAUGUUGUCGUACUGGACUCUUCACAAGGCAACUCGGUGUAUCAAAUCAACAUGAUAAAUUAUAUUAAACAGAAGUAUCAAGACUUGCAAGUGGUGGGAGGAAAUGUGGUUACAGCAGCCCAGGCCAAGAAUCUGAUCGAUGCUGGCGUGGAUGCCCUGAGAGUCGGCAUGGGCUGCGGCUCCAUCUGCAUCACACAGGAAGUCAUGGCAUGUGGGCGGCCCCAGGGGACCUCCGUGUACAAGGUAGCAGAAUACGCCAGGCGUUUUGGUGUGCCAGUCAUUGCUGAUGGCGGCAUUCAGACCGUGGGCCAUGUGGUGAAGGCUCUGUCGCUCGGAGCAUCGACUGUUAUGAUGGGCUCGUUGCUAGCGGCAACCACUGAGGCUCCAGGGGAGUACUUCUUCUCAGACGGUGUGCGGCUGAAAAAAUACCGUGGUAUGGGCUCCCUGGACGCUAUGGAGAAGAGCACGAGCAGCCAGAAACGCUAUUUUAGCGAGGGCGACAAGGUGAAGGUAGCCCAGGGCGUAUCCGGGUCAGUCCAGGACAAGGGCUCGAUCCAUAAGUUUGUACCUUACCUGAUAGCUGGUAUUCAACAUGGCUGCCAGGACAUUGGGGCAAAGAGUCUCUCUGUUCUCCGUUCUAUGAUGUACUCUGGAGAGCUGAAGUUUGAGAAGCGGACCAUGUCUGCACAGGUGGAGGGAGGAGUUCAUGGACUCCACUCUUACGAGAAACGGCUUUACUGAACGGAGUGCAGAUCGGCGGCGCAUGUGACAUACCCAAUCUAACAGUGACCAAAUGUUAAAUCGCCACUUCUGCUAAAAUAUGGACCACCGACAACACCACCCUUGCCCUCCCCCGCGUUGUAUCCACGGUUGCUCUCUCUCUCUCUGAUCCCAACCAGCUGCUUUGGGGAAGAAAGAGGCAUCGUAGCUAAGUGAGAAUCUUCAAACUGACACCCCCCACUCUCUGAACACCUGGGAUUUUGCACUCAAGAAGCGGCGCAUCAGGGUUUGCGGAAUGACAUACACACCUAUAUCUUGAGUAUGCAGCUGAUCCCAAUUUUUGUUUUCGUGCGUGUUGAUAGUAGUGAGAGAAUGGACUGCGUGAGUGUUUGGUGACUUAAGGGUAGUGUUUGUCUGAGUGUGCGAUUAUAGUUUAAAAUGUUUAUUGGGACAAACAAAGUGAAGGUGCACUGUUUUUGUUUUUUUGUCCUAUUAAUAUUGGUGAGUCUAAAACAGCAAUGGUGCAGAUCCCAUCAGCAUCCUUUAUUUUUUUUUUUAAGGCUUUUUUGGGAUCCACGCUAACCAGCAAGCUCCCUGUCGGAAGCCUCACACAUCCCAGUUCUUAAACACACUAGUGUGUGUGUGCAGAAAACAAGACAAAAACACUUGUCUCUCAAUGUGCAGAGUGUCGGUAUAUCAUGGCAAUCUUACGUUGUUCAUUUUUCCUGUUUUUUGGUUUGCAUUUUUAGGUCAUUACAGGUAUAAACUACUUGAUGAAGAGUAGCUGCUUAUAUUUCAGCACAUAUUGUUUACGUCAUGUAUUGUGGAUCCCGAGGUACGAGAUAUUGGCCAUGGCAGUUACCCUGUUGACUUUGUAUCCUCCAGUUUCACCUUAAUCAGUAGACAAAACUCAGACCCACAGUCUUUGCCACUGUGGACUUUCAUUUCCCCCUCAAAGACAUCUUGAGCCAAAUAAACAGUGUCCCAUCUCAGUUCAUAGUGUUCAUAUGUUGAGCACAGAAGGGACCAAAAGCUGAGGAGUAGGUAUGUUUAAAAGAAGGAAGAAAACCCCUAAAAUGUACCAAUCAAAAAUAGUAAGGAGGAGAAUAGCAAAUUCUCUGUCCAUAAUUUGAAUACUUUUAGAUUUAAAAAACCUUUAUAUUAAAUCUGUAUAGUCUUGGGGGCUUUGAAUUGAGCAUGAAGGGUUUUUGAUAUGCAUGUUUGUUUUUUCACUAAGCCAAACAUGGCUGUAUUUAUAUUCCGCUUUAUUGUAAUUGCAUACAUACUGCCAAGUGUAUUUAUACUUCCUCUGACACUCUUCUUUUGUAAGGUCAAAACCAAAAUUAGCGCGACAAGUUGCUUGUCACUUGUUCAUUCCUACGCUCUCACAGUGUGGCAUAUGUUCUCUGUGAUAGGUUUAUUUUAUUUUUGAUUUAUUACUUUUCUUUUUACCGGAGAUAUGCCUUGAAACAGGGAUGGAUAAAGGCUGCACAUCACAGCUCAGUGAAAAUGCAUCGAAGUGCAUAAUGCUAUACACCCUUUCGCCUCCUUUUCUUACUUUCAAUCAGCAUAGCUGUGUUUGUUAUCAUUCAGCUAAUGUAGGAGUAGGCUUUUCUAACAUUUUCAUACUGGAUGUCCUUUUUGCCAGGUGUAAUUUUUUUUAAUAAAAUGCCCCAGAUUGUAA